AUGCUAGUCACUCCACUUAAUAGAUUCAUAAGAGCAUCGGAUGCUCUUAUUGCUUUUGAGGCAAAUUUUAAUGAUUUUCCUGAGGACAUUCAUAAUGUUUAUACCUUGGAGGUUCAGAGCGCUGAAAUAAAAUUGUUAUGGGAGAAAGUUAAAACAACAUAUGAGGCCUGUUUGGAUUUUUUGGAGAAUUCUGAUACAGAGCCUAGUGAUGUAGAUGUAGCUGCUUCUAAAUAUCAGGUCACAUACGUAGCCUAUAUGAAAUGUUUAGGUUCGAUUAAUGAGAAGGUGAGCAAAUUUAAAUCGGUACCGAACGCAAGUGAUUCGCCAGUAGUGAAUUCUGAUUCUGGGCAUACUUUGACUCUACCCCCUUGCGAUGUCGACGCAUUUGGAGGGGAUUAUGAUUCUUGGCCGGCCUUUAGAGAUUUAUUUACGGCGAUUUAUAUAAAGAGCUCGCGCCUUAGUAAUGUAGAACGCCUUUGUCAUUUAAUACGUAAGACCGAAGGUGAAGCUAAAGAUAUUGUUUUGAAAAGUCCGUUGAGUAAUGAGGGCUUUGAAGUAGCCUGGCGGGAUCUUAAGAUUGCAUAUGAGAAUCCUCGUAUGAAACUAGUGCCGGACUUAAGACCUUAA